AUGGAGCAGACUCACGAGUCCCCGAACAUCAAGGCCGCGUGUCACGUGGACGGUCGCCUGGACGCCCUGCAGAGCCUGUCGUUUGGCCUGGAGAAGUGCCAGAAGUCUCUGAACGACUACCUGGACUCCAAGAGAAACGCCUUCCCUAGGUUUUUCUUCAUCUCUGACGACGAGCUCCUCAGUAUCCUCGGGUCCUCCGACCCCGAGUGUGUACAGGAACACAUCAUCAAAAUGUACGACAACAUUGCGUCUCUUCGCUUCACGCCCAAUCCCAACCAAACCAAAGAGCUGUUGGUGACCGCCAUGAUCUCUGCCGAGAAGGAAGUCAUGGUGUUUCGGGGGACUGUGUCUUCUGACGACAGGUCUGUCACUCCAAGAUCCUUUGUUUUAGCCGACUGGAUGCUGGACUACCAAGGCAUGGUGUGUCUGGCGGCGAGCCAGGUGUGGUGGACGUGGGAGGUGGAGGACGUGUUCCGGAAGAUCAAGACAGGCAAGAAGACGGCGCUCAAGGACUACGCCAGGAAGAUGCAUAUGCAGAUAGACCAGCUGGUUGUCAAGGAAGUACUCUAA